AUGGACCGGCGAUGGACACUAGCGAGCGGGCUUGUUUUGACAAGGUUCACCUUCGCGAGUCGGAAGCAGUUGAAUCUGCUGUGUGCAGUGACACUGCAGCCACUAGACUCCGAGUCGCAGAAAGACGUGUCUUUGACUCUUGAGCCGGUUUUACCCCGCACCUGCGCCGCAAACGUGGUCGGGAACUCCCCGCGGCGGCCGAGACGGUGGUUCCUGCGGCUCCUGUUUCCUGGGCUUAGUGUGUCCAGCGGUCCGGACGAAGAAAGCCCAUCUGAUCUGGCCAUGUUCAUCACGCUGCGGACGAGCGGCCAAAAUGAGGCCGGUGGCAUGGAGCAAGUUGUGCGACGAAACGCUGCCCGCGGCGGGGCCAGCGAUCGCGGUCGCGCAACUGGUAGUACCCGACGGCCGGCAUGUGUAGCCUGCCAGACGAAAAAGCUCCGGUGCACCGGUAGCCCCCGCAACUGUGACCGGUGCCGGGCCAGAAUGAUCGAAUGCGUGCCGGCGAGCAACGGCCGGGACAGCCGGUCGGCGCACUCGUCGCAACCCAGCAAUUCCUCAUCAUCGCGGCUCGCAUGGCAGAAGCUAAGCGACGCGUCGUCGCAGCCGAGCGAUCCGUCGCGCGACUCUACGGUCUCCACUAGCACAUCGAGCGAUGGCGUGUCAACCGCGUCAUCCAAGCCGCCGCCGCAGCAGCAGCGCGCCAUCGCAGCAGUGGAAGCUCCAGCACCAGUCGGGCUGGAAGCGCUGGACGAUGGCGACCUGUUCGACUUGGACGUCGCCGACGGCCUAGACAUGGUGGAUAUGGACGGCCUUGACCGAAACGGCGACACCAAUCCGCUACACAAGUCACCAACCCCAGAUGCGUACGACCCCCUGGGCUCCUACUUAUCCUCCGGCGGUGCUCCAGCACAAACCAAGUUUCCCGUCCCACAGGCGCCGCCCCGCACGACCGGGAUGCCCGAGCCGAGUCUCACAAGCGCCCAAGACCUACCGAGCAUGCUCGUGCUCGAUACCAGCAAUGUGAGCGCUCCCUUGUCUCCGACUCAGUCCUGGGCGCUCGCCGGAGUGCCGCACCCGCCGAACCUAACGCCGAACGGGUCCCCGCAAUGUGCGUGCCUGAGCGACCUCGUCCGCGUGGUGCAGCAGCUCGACGACGACGAGUUCCACAUCACGACCAUGUCGCUGGACCAGGUGCUGCAGCUGAUGAAGUGGCUCGUCUUCCAGUGCUGCAAGCCGCUCGACUGCCACCGGUGCCUCGACCUGGCCAGCAUCCACACGGUGCGCCUGAUCCUCUGCGACCGGCUGACCGAGAUGUUCGAGUGUAUCCACCUGCGCAUCAAGCGCGCGAGCGCCAUGCUGUCCGCCCAGCUCAGCGACUCCAGCACCGCCCCGUCGGCGGCAUCCAACUCGCCCGACUCGCUCUCCGCCCCGUCCCUCCCUUCGCUCCACUCAGCAGCAGCGCAGCCACCAUCCGCCGCGGCGGUUGGCUCCGGGCCGCCCGCCGCAGCCCAGCUCUUCUGCGGCACGUCGGGCCGCGCAGCCAACACGGCCGCCUGCAACCCCAUGAUGUUCUCCGACGACUUCCGGAAUCAGUAUUCGGACGAGGAGCAGGUCCACGUGAUCCGCGUGCUGAUACGGCUGCAAAUCCGGAAUUUCCAGAAGCUGCUCCUACGGCUCGAGCGCACCAGCCAGGUCGCCGCCAGCCAGGCCCGCCAGUCCAAGGUCAAGUCGAUGAUGGCGCGCCUGUCCAAGGCCUCGGCCGACAUCGACGGCGCCCUGCGUCUUGUCUUUCAAGCGCUGUCGGACCUUAUCCGGUAG